AUAUCCAUUCAACAUUCGCGCUGAAAGAUCCACCAGAUUCACAGAAGCCAUGCACAGUUUUCCAAAGAGGACAAAGGACGAUGACUGACAAUAAUAAUAAGAAUGAUAAGAUCCUCCAAGAUGAGGCAGGCUUGGCCAAGCGCGAACGUGAGAUCAAGACCAAGCGCCUCGCUUUGGAGGACAAGGAGUUGGAGAUGAAAGAACGGGAACUCGAGCUGAAGAAGCGUCGAUUGGAGCAGGAGGAAGAUGAACUAUCGGCGAAAACGCGGGACCCCACGGUCCAGCUCAAUGUGGGUGGCCGCGUAUUUGCCACCACUCGCGAGACACUCCUACAGAGUGGAUCGCCCUUUUUUGAGCGGCUGUUGGAGGAAGACACUGCUGUCAUUGUGCGAGGAUCGCAGCGUGACGCGCACAAUCGCAUCUUUAUUGAUCGCUCUCCCACGUUGUUUGGGUUUGUUUUGGAUUACUUGAGAACCCACAACGUGUUGGCACCCAGCACUAAGAGAGAGAAAUUGGCGUUGAUUCAAGAAGCAUCGUACUAUCAGCUAGAUGGCCUUGUGUCGAGGCUUCGUCUGUAUGGGGAAGGCUACGAUCCAGGGUGUUUGUCCUACGAAGACCAAGCAAUGCGAGAUCAGGCAGCAGCCAUCCGAGAUUCCUUUCAGAAAGAAGAUCCAUUUGCCGUGGAAAAGGCAAAUCAGUUGUUGGUGGAUCUGUUUGAUCAAAAAACAAAAAGGCUUGCGAUCAGCCCAAAUUACGACCAGCUAUGCUCCUCUUCCGAUGCCACAAUACUCUUCCAAAAGGAUGCUCUUGCUGCCAGGAAGGCUUCGCCACACAAGUUGGCUGCCAAUCUCAAGGAGUUCAAGAAACAGUUUGUGGACUAUGCAGGACCCAUGUUCCAAGACUUUCCUUUGCUAGAGGAGCAAGGAGUGGUAGUGGCUGGUGGUUCUGUCUUGUCCGCACUCAUGGGACGCACGGACCCUGAUAGCAAGGGGGAUAUUGAUCUCUUUCUAGUAGCACCCAAUCCAGAGAAGGCAAGAGCCAUUUAUGACAAAAUUGUUCAGCACUUUGCUGGUGGGAGAGGUGACGACAACGACAGGAUCCAUCACCAUCAAUUAUUGCUUGUUCGAAGUCAGUAUGCCGUGACCAUUGUGGUCGGAUACCCUCAACGCAACGUACAGAUUAUAUUGGCUCAUCACAGGUGCCCAGCAGAAGUAGUGUUCAACUUUGACAUUGAUUGUUGUCAGGUCUUCUUUGAUGGCAAGAAUGUCAGGGCUACCCCUGCUGCUCAGCGGGCCCUCAUGACAGGCACAAACAUGGCCGACCCAGAGCGCCGCUCUGGGAACUACGAAACGCGACUGGCCAAGUAUGCAGAACGUGGAUUUUUUGUGGCGGUUCCAGGAUUGGAUUUGAAAAGAGUCGAUAAGCGAUACCUUCGAAAUGAAUGCUACUCAAUGUAUGGUGGAGGAUUGCGACAUGUACGCCUGGAGUACAAUGAAAAAAAUGAAGUGAAAAAUGUGGUGCCAGGUACUGAAGAGGUUGUGGGGCUUCCCAAACUUCUCAUCUUUGCUCAUCGACAGGAAGGGGACAUCGAUGACAGGACUGGAAAAAUUAAGAUUGAACAACUCGCUGCCAAGGCAGAUCUCCCUUUUGCUGGGGUUGACAAUCAACAUGAAACACCAGAAGGGAACGUUUACCUGAUCGAUGUUGACAAAAUUCAAGAAUUCAAACCACGCAACAACUGGAAGCUCCCCACACCGCCACACCCACCCCCGCUAGCCUUUAUUCAGGUUUUGGAGCCCGUUGGAGACUCGGGUGGCUUGGUUGGCCCCCUUAUUCGGUAUGGAAGUGACACGAACUUGCCAUCGCAAGUGUAUGAACGUCUGCGCCGCCGACUGGAUAUCAUGAUGGAGGAUGAUCCAAUUGGUGUUAGAGGUCACCGCGACUCUCACACAGACCCUGUUUGCGUCUACGAAUACCUUGCAGACGCCAGCCAAAGCAUUGCUUGUCCCAAUGUGGAAGACGCUCAUCGGAUGUACCCAGCUUACACAUUUCCAGCAGAUGAUGACGAAGCACCCCGCGGAAGGUUGACGCGUCAUUUGCGGAUUGUAUCGUCAGCCAUCGACGGUCCUUGGGCACGCCCCGACGCAGAAGGCUGGACAAGUGGAACCUACAGUAGCCCUUGACGAAUUAUAGGCUGUUGACAACGGGAAAGAGGGCCAAACGAAAAGCUUAGAGCAAAAUAAAGCCAUUCACAGUUCUAUAUAACAUUAGAGAUUUUGCUACUUUGGUAGCGGCCCCAUUCGAGCCACCCGUUUCUUCAUCCCACAACUGUAGCAGCAGAGUUGUCGUAGCCUUUCCUACUUGCUUUAAAAUGUGAUCUUUUU